AUGUCUUUUCCCAGCAGAGGAUCUCGAAUGAUGAACGUUAUGAGGUUCUUCUCUGUGAAGGGUGUUGUGGGUCAGAUUGUGGGUCGGUUGGGCUCUACGGUCUCUCUGCCCUGCUGGAUCUCUCCUCCACUGAACGCUGAACGUCUGGAGAUUCGCUGGUAUCGUCCUGAAGGCUUCAACACUCCUGUUCUCUUCUACAGUGAUGGGAAGAUGCAGGAAGUUUGGGAGGAACGGUACAGGAACUGCAGCUGUCUAUCCCGACGCUCCUCUCAGUCUGAUGGACUGAAGGAUGGAGACGUGUCUCUGCGUUUGGAGAAUGUCACAGUUCAGGAUGAUGGUCUGUUUUACUGUUAUUCUGUGGAUGACAAACACAUGAACAUCAGCUGUAGAUCCAGCAGCUGGUUUCCAGAGCCGAACGUCAUGUGGAUGUCAGACAGAAGAAGGUUUCUCUCUGCUGGAGGUCAUUCUCACAGCCGUGGAGCUGAUGGGACGUUGUCUGUCCACAGGUCUCUCUCUCUGACACUCCACAGGUGUUCUGUCUUCUGUCCCUCAACAGUGGAGAUGAGAGAGCUGGAUAUACACAACACAGUCACUUCUUCACGUUCAGACGGUCCAUGGAAGACACUUUAUCACUUUUGUCAUUUUUGCUAUUUCUAUUUUGGGUCUGUUUGGAUUCAUCGUUUAUAAAUGCAGAGAGAAACGAACACGUGAGGUGAACACAUCUGAAGACAAAACUUUUCUGCUGCAUGUAUUCAGAACAUGGUUUGUGUUGAAAAGUAAUUUUGGUUUCUGUGCAGGAAAGACAACAGAUGAAUUU